AAAUUAAGACGUUCGAAUUAUUGUUCUAAAGACACUUUCCAAUUGGAUUCGUUGUUUUGAAUUCUAAGCUGCAAAUCGGAAAAAAUAAAAAUGGAAUUUGUAAUUAAAAGGCCCAAAAGAAGAAUAGAGGAAGCUGAUGAAAAACAAGAAGUCAUCGGAAAGAUAUCAAACUUAAAGGCACUUCCGGAGACACGAAAUAACAUAUUGAAGAGUGACAAACUCUCUCCUUCGGUCAGUCGCAAGGUAUCUUCUGUAUCUCCUGAUAUCAGAUAUACAGAAAUCAACAGAGAUAAGGUAGCUGUAAGAUCGAAAGAUGUUAAUUUGCAGAACAUUUUCCCACCGAGACCGGGAUUCGGGUACGCUGGCAAGAAAAUAAACGUCAUAAGUAACUUUUUCGAAAUGAAAAUAGACCAGAGUUACGUGUACCAUUAUGACGUGGAUAUUAUUCCUCUAAAAAAGAACAAGGAACGAUCCGUCGGUUGCAAAAGAUACAAUUGCCUCGACACCAAAGAAAAUAGAAAAGUCAUCGACAACCUUCUCUCGACUUUUCAAUUGUUUCGGGACUAUCCCGUCGCUUUCGACGGAAAGAAGAAUUUAUUCAGUUGUAAUCUAUUGCCCAUCGAAGAAAAGAAGACGUACUUUGUAUCGCUUAAGAGCAACAACAGAACGUGCGAUUACAAUGUAGUUUUAAAACCCGUUUGUAAGGAUAAAAUGGCUCUUCCCAGGAUCGAUCUAAAACCUCUUCGUAGAAAAUGUCACGGGAACUCCGAAGAGGCCAUCAUGGCCGUGGAUACCAUCAUGCGCCACGGACCCGCAAAAUCUCUGGUACCUAUCGGAAGAUCGUUUUUCUCUUCGUCCAGCGAUAAAGAAAGUAUUUCCUUAGGAGCGGGUCGAGAAAUCUGGUUCGGUUACCAUCAGAGCGUUCGCAUAGCUCAAUGGAAACCCAUGCUAAACGUCGACAUAUCGGCUACCACUUUCUACAAAAGCGGACCUUUGAUAAAGUUCGUCGAAGAAGUUCUAAAUGCCGACGUCAAACAGUGCAGGGGAAUCGACGAUCGUCAGAUAAAAACACUUCGGAAGGAGUUGAAGUCUCUGAAAAUUGAGGUAAACCAUCUGCAAUACAAAAAGACGUACAAGAUUAACAACGUCACCAGCGAACCCGCCAGAUACGUCUGCUUCAUUUGGCAACGAGAAGAUGCGCCGUGUCAGAUCUCCGUCGCGGAUUACUUCAAGAGGCAAUACGGAGAACUUCGAUACCCGCACCUUCCGUGCGUCUGCGUGGGAAACACCAGAAAAUGCUCCUAUUUACCUCUCGAGGUUUGCGAAGUUUGUCCGGGUCAACACUGCAGUAAAAAGAUGGACGAUAAACAAGUGGCGGAGAUGAUACGAAAAACUGCCAGACCCCCACAAAAUCGAUUUAGAGAUAUCAUCAAAGCCGUUAAACAGACUUGUCAAGAAAACAAGGAACUUAACCGGGAAUUCCGCAUCGACAUAAAUAAUCAACCGAUGCGUGUAGAUGGACGUGUGUUAAUGCCGCCAGUGAUCAUGUAUAGUCAAUCCGAAGAAAUUCUUCCGAAGAACGGCGCUUGGGAUCUCAGAGACAAGAGUUUCUAUCGUUCCGUCGACAUAGAAUGGUGGGCGUUUGUCAGCAUGUCCUCGAAUGUCUGUAAGGAAACGGACAUGUUAAAUUUUGCUCGGAUGAUCUGUCAAGGAGGAAGGAAAUUUGGCAUGGUUAUUAACAAACCGUAUUACCUUAGAGAGUAUUCCCCGGCCAACUAUUCCGUAGAUUGGCUUUUGAAAAAUAUAAUAUCUUCGUGUCCGAGAAUUCAAUUAAUUAUGGUCGUUCUCCCUUCUCGAGGAGGAGGAAGUCUUUACGCCGAAAUUAAAGAAGUGGCGGAAAUAAGGAUGGGACUAAUCACCCAAUGCGUUAAAGACGUAAAUAUUUCGGGCAAGAAAUGUAACGCCCAGUUGAUCUGCAAUCUGUGCCAAAAAAUCAAUGCCAAAUUGGAUGGGAUCAACAACAUCCUCUCGCCGGCGGUCAAUCUCAAGAUUUUCGAAAAACCGGUUAUCGUCAUCGGUGCCGAUUGCACCCAUCCUUCGCCACACGACAAAAUCAAAUCGUCGAUUGCCGCUUUGGUGGGAAGUUUGGACAAUUAUCCGAGCAGAUACGCUGCCACCGUCAGCGUGCAGACCAACGGCAAGAAGAACAGAAUUGAGAUCAUCGAAAACAUGAAAUCCAUGAUGAAAGACUUAUUGGUCUCGUUCUAUCGAAACACCGGAGGAAAAAAACCGGAAAAAAUUAUAUUUUACAGAGACGGAUUGAGCGAAGGAGAAUUUUCUAAAGCGGUAAACAAGGAAUUGAUGCUAAUGCGCGAUGCCUGCGCAGAAAUGAAUCCUUCCGAAGUAUACCAACCGCCCAUUACUUUCGUCGUGGUGGGCAAACGACACCACACACGUUUCGUGCCAGAAAACUUGGAAGACGGAGUGGGAAAACACCGCAACAUCCCCCAGGGAACGACCGUGGAUACGACUAUCGUCCAUCCCACCCAAUUCGAUUUUUACAUAUGCAGCCACACCGGCAUCCAGGGCACCAGCAGACCCGCCCAUUACACUGUGCUGUGGGACGAUAACAAUUUUACGGCCGACGAGUUGCAAACCCUGUCGUAUUACUUGUGCCACACUUACGUCAGGUGCACACGAAGCAUUUCCAUCCCGUGCCCCGUUAUGUACGCGCAUCUUGCAGCCUACCGUGCCAAACAGCAUCUGUUGGCCAGAUGGGAGGAUGGAGGCAGGAACAACGAUUCCAAUUCUAAUCUCAAUCUUUCGAACGAACAGCUGUUGGACAACAGCUUCAAGUAUUCGGUCGAAGUCGAUCGCAAGAUCACAAAUACCAUGUACUUCGUUUGAGAAUUCCUCGCGAUGGCUGUCACGUAUGCCAUUUAUUCGAAUGGCAUUUCCUUGCAAAAUAUAUUUUGUUUUAAAGUCAAAAUUGUACAUUCAAAGUAU